AAAUUGUAUAUUCCUACCGCCUGCUCACUUUUCUCUUCUCUACGCCCCAGAUCACUUCUUUUCUUCUUUGAAACUAACCCCAAUUCUGUUACAGAGCUAGUCCAACCGCUACAGAACCCCGUUUCACUCUAGUCCACAACCAUCUGAGGCCAUACUGAAUCAUCGUGGUCAAAAGCAUACGCAUUCAGACUGUCAUCAAAAACCCAAACCGCGUCUGAAAUCCAGGUACAAUAAAACACCAUCAGACUGUUAUUUCAUAAGCUUGGCCUUAGGGUUGUUUUAUUUUACCUCCACCCACAAGCCCUCCGAUGACCUUUUUGGAUCCAGAAACGGUGCCAGACACCUCUAGCGAACAUAAGUCGCCGGAGCUUAUGCUAGCACCAGAUACCGCACCUGACGCAGCGCCGCUAGCCAAGACAACAACAACCACCUCUAUCAGCCCCACGAUUGUGCCUAUGGACAAGAGGCGGGGUCUCCUUCUGAGCCUUACGCUUGUUCCGGAGUACGACGACCCGCGAAACUACUCACCAAAAGUCAAGUACUUUAUCGUGUUUGUGAUUGGCAUCUGUGCAGUCAUCGGACCAUUGGGCUCCUCCAUAGUAUUACCCGCUAUCGAUGAUAUGUGCCAGGACCUAAACACAACCGUCUCGGUUGUCAAUGUAUCUGUCGGGAUGUACCUCUUGUCCAUGGGCAUUAUGCCACUCUGGUGGUCCUCCUUCAGCGAGCGUCACGGAAGACGCAGCAUCUACAUGAUUUCUUUCUUUUUCUUUUUUGCCUUCUCCUUUGGCACGGCCCUUGCGCCCAGUAUAGGUGCCUUAAUCGUGUUCAGAGUCUUGGUUGGUGGUUGUUCCGCUUCUGUACAGAGCGUUGGUGCGGGAACCAUCUCCGACCUCUACCUGGUGGAGGAACGAGGGUUUGCGCUUGGUCUCUACUACCUAGGCCCGUUGAUGGGUCCGCUUUUAGCGCCUAUUAUUGGCGGGGCUCUCAGUAUCAAGUGGGGCUGGCGCGCUUCCCAGUGGCUCUUGGUCAUUUGGGCUGGCGUCUGCUUACUCCUCGUCACUUUUGCGCUUCCCGAGACAUUGAGACGUCAGGACAACAUGGCCAACAUCAAAGCUCUUAUCGCGCAGCAAAAGGCUGCCAGCCACCACGACGAUAUUGAAAGCUCCCCAGGCUUAAAACACGUGAGUGACACCGAAGGGUCCCUUCAUUCUAGCAAUAGUGAGGUUGGUUCUUUGGAUUCCUCGGAUGACGAAUCGCACCUUGUGCUUGGACCAAGCGCCAAGGCGGCAAUCAACGAUCCCCAGAAGUUACAACGUGUUCUCAGUGUCAUCUCCUCCAGCAGAAACUCUAUCCAUCUUGUGGAUGGGUUGGAUACCGAUGCUUACCAGACCACCGACAGCAUCUUACCACCCUUGUCCCGUGUGGGAACGCGCAAGGAACGCGUGGAAGAGUUCCAGAGGCUUCAGUUGGCAAAGCUCGAGUCCGCAAUCUUUGAAGCUGAUAAGAACUUGGAAUGUGAACAAGAGACGUGGCAGCAGAAGUGGAAGCACUAUGGUUACAUCUAUGUGGUACUCCCCACAAAGUCGCUCAACUUGUUGCGCUACCCUCCGCUCAUCAUGGCCAUAGCUUAUUCCGCUCCUUGCUUUGCCAUCUUGUACUUUGUCAACAUGACGCUUUCAUACGAGUACGCCAGAGCCCCGUACAAUUUUUCCUCCGUCAUCUGUGGACUCGUGUACAUUCCCAACUCGGUGACAUACCUCAUCGCUUCGAUCUGGGGUGGGCGGUGGACUGACUACCUCCUUGCAAAGAAGAAGGCCAGAGACGGAUACAUUUCACCUGAAUCCCGUCUUUCCUGGAACGUUGUCGUUGCCGCGUGUGCCUUUCCUGUGUCGCUCAUGAUUAUUGGCUGGACGUUCAACUUCCACACUCACUGGGUCACACCUCUCAUCGGCACUGCCUUAUUUGGCUUUGCCUCUAUGAUUAUUAUCGGAGUCACAGUGACAUAUAUCGUCGACCAGUUGCCUGGAAAGGGUGCUACUGGGGUUGCUGUGAACAACUUCGUACGGAUGAUCAUGGCUGCUAUCUGCACCUUCAUCACCGAACCGUUGAUUGUGGCAUUGGGAACCGGUGUGUUGUUCAGUAUCUUGAGCGGGAUUAUCAUUGUCCUUGCGAUGAAUGUUUUUAUUUUGAAGAAGAGAGGCGAGGCUUGGAGAGAGAAGUACGAUUUGCAGAAAUUGUACGACUUGAUGCAAUAGCUUAGCUCAUUCGUGGUGAGUUAUUCAUGUUCGGCUAUAGUCCGACCUUUGCAUAUUUUAAUAAUUAUUGUUGGUGGAUCCUUUUAUAAAGUACUUAGGGUAUGUGACUAAUUCAAGACGGUUUUACAUGUUGGUGUGCGU